UCCUCCCUUGUUUUAUGUUGACUCUCUGCUAACACAAUAGACAAACUCUCUCUCAUAUUUUUAUGCCAUACAAAGAUAUCAACACGUCUAUUCCAGGACUCCAGCCAAGGAUUUCUGACAUCCACACAGAAAUGAGUGAGCAGGAUGUGACCUAUUCAGAGCUGAAAUUUCAUAGUCCUAAUGAACAGCAAAGCAGACAGAGAGCUGAGAAAGCCAAGAAUGAAGAUUCUUCCUCUCUGCCUCCACACCUGCAGCUCAUUUUAGUGAUUCUUGGAAUCUUCUGCCUGGUUUUGUUGGUAACAAUAGGUGUCCUGGGUGCUAAGGUUCUCCAGAAUGAAAACCCCAACAAACAGCAUGAAUUAUUGCAUAACCUCACCCAACUGCAGAACACUCUGGAAAUCUGCCAUCAGCAAAAAGAUGAUCUCCAAGCAAAGAACACAAACCUCACAAAUAUUGUGAACAUUAAAGUUCUGCAGAACAAAACCCUCAACAAGCAAUGUGAAAUUGUGGACAAUAUCACCCAACUGCAGAAAACACUGGAAAUCUGCCACCAGCAAAGAGAUGAUCUCCAAGCAAAGAACACAAACCUCACAAAUAUUGUGAACAUGAAAGCUCACAUUGACCAUCUUCUCAGAGGAUAGACUCUCAACUCUCUUCUUUCCCCGAGGACAUCUAUGUAGGACUGACUACACAAGUGCACCUCUUAAAGUUCUAUUCCAGAAAUCCACUUGACAGACCUCU